UAUUGAUGGAAUUGCUAUUUCAUGGAUGUACGACAUUCCAUCUAAAACUUCUUCCGUAACAAUUUGUGUUUUUGGUAAUGAAAAUUCCAAGCUUAAAAAGAACAAAAUAUAAAAAUAUUGUAUGGAUAGUAUAGUAGUAAAUCGUAAAUUUGUGCUACAUAAAAAAAAUAAUGAUUUGGAAAUCAGAAGAUAUGUCCCAAUGGAAAUGAUUGGCCGAGGAUCCUACGGUAUCGUGAUGAAAUGUAAAGAUAAACGAACAAAUGAGGUUGUGGCCAUAAAAAAAAUUACAUCAUCAUACUUUUCAAUGCCAGAAGCGUUACGGGAAAUCACCAUACUAAAGAAGCUCAGCAAUCACACACACUUGAUUAGUUUUUUAAACGUUUUUCGUGUCAAGCAAAUUCUCUACAUUGUGUUUCCCUAUAUGGACUACAACAUGUAUGAGUACAUAAAUAAACAUUAUUCGAAUGGACUGGGUUAUGAUUUAACUAAAGAGUACAUGAUCCAAGUAAUCAGAGGAAUAGAUUAUAUGCACGAACAUCACGUUAUUCAUAGAGAUAUUAAACCGGAUAAUAUACUGUUGACAAGAAAUGGUGUGAUAAAACUUUGUGACCUUGGAAUUUCUAAGCUAAUAUGCCCCACUUCGUUUGGCGCAGAAUUACUAAUGACACCUGGAAUGGGUACUCUAUGGUAUCAAGCACCAGAAAUGUUACUUGGUAUUAAAAAAUACGGCACUGAAGUAGAUAUAUGGUCAAUUGGAAUAGUAUUUACGGAGUUUAUGAGUGGUCAGCCAGUAAUAACUGGAAAAACAUCAAUAAACCAAUACAGAUCAAUUAUAAGAAACUUUGGAAUUGCGAUAGAAGACCAAAAAUAUUUCAAUGAGAUAAUGAAGAACACACACUAUAGCAUUGUAUCAAUGAAUUACACAAAUAGUUACAAAUAUGAAAACGUCGGCAAAGCACUAAAAAAUUAUUAUCCUCUGUGGCCUAAUGAACUAGUAGAAAUUGUUUCUAAAUGCUUACAGUUUAAACCAACUAGGCGUAAAUCAGCUAAAUAUUUAUUGAAUGAGCCAUAUUUUAGAAACGGAGACUUUUUAGAAAAAUUUGCUCAUACACUUAAUGAUAAAAUAAGAAAUAACACAGGUUUUCAAGUACUCAAAGUGCACAAGUAA